AUGGAAGAUCCACCCAAAGUCACAAGUCUGACUGUAGACGGGCAAGAGGUGAACGGCACUCAUCUCAUCAACGAUAGUCAGAAGGUGAACAUCUCUUGUUCCUUUGACAAAGGAAACUCGUCUGUCACCUUUAGUCUAGUUGACAACAAUGGAAUGGAACUUGUUAGAGGUUCAGGUCCUCUGACCUAUUCGCUUCUAGUGGACUGUGAAGAUGACUGGCCAACAGUUCGUUGUGAAGGGGAUGGGUCUAAGCAGAACAGAUCUGUGUCUUUUCUUGUCAAAUGUCCUCCCAAGUUCACUGAAAACUGGAUUAAUAUAGUCCAUUCUAUAGAACUUGAUAAUAUAACACUACAGGUCAAAGCUGAUACAAAAGAAGUGGAUAACUGUCUGCUGACAUCAGUGCCAUCAGAAGACAAUGUAACAAUAAAAGUGGGCUGCACACUUACAGGUCAUCCGCCUGAUCUUGCUCUAUCUUUCUCCCUUAGAAAGAGAAUCAACAGUAUCCAAGGCAUCUGGAUGCUAACUCUUCUCAACAAAAGAGGUCAUGCCACCACAAUGUUAAACUUUACGGAAGAAUCAAAAAGGAGUUUGAUGACAGAAAGCAAAAACCCAGCACAAACACCAGUAAAAGAAAUAGUCAUCGGAGGGACGUGUGGUGCUGUCCUCAUUGCUGUUAUUGCUAUUAUAGGCAUUCGUGCCAUUAAAAUGGUCAAUGAGAAUAAACGUGGUGGAAUCACAAACAAGAGCGAAAUUUUGCCUGAAAGAGAAGGCAGUUUUACAACUAUUACCUAUCUGCUCAAUGCUACUAAAAGCUCAGCAUUUCCAGGCUCUGCGACUCUCUUUUAUGAAGCGUGCGUUAACAACAACCUAUCAACUCAGUGCGAAUUUGAGUGGACAAAUGGGUGGUCCAGCCACCCGUCUGUAGAGAAAUGGGGUCCUGGAGACGACGUGGUUUGUUCCUACGAACCCCGUUACCUUGACAACUCCAUGGUGACCUGGGAAAUCAAAAUUUCACAGCUGGUCAGUCGGUCACUGAGUGUUAUGGAGCUCUACCUGGAGAAUAAAACUCACAACAAUAAGACAAAGAAAAUAAUAAGGCGGAUCCAUAUUGAUAUUCUGUAUCCACCCCAAGUCACAAGUCUGACUGUAGACGGACAAGAGGUGAACGGCACUCAUCUCAUCAACGAGAGUCAGAAGGUGAACAUCUCUUGUUCCUUUGACAAAGGAAACCCGCCAGCCGCCUUCAGUCUGGUUGACAACAAUAAGAAGGAACUUGUUAGAGGUUCAGGUCCUCUGACCUAUUCACUUCUAGUGCACUGUGAAGAUGACUGGCCAACAGUUCGUUGUGAAGGGAACGGGUCUGAACAGAACAGAUCUGUGUCUUUUCUUGUCAAGUGUCCUCCCAAGUUCACUGAAAGCUUCGUGAAAAUCGUCAGUUCUUCAUUAUUGAAUAUCACAUUACCUGUCAAGUCUUAUACAAAAGAAUUCAUUAACUGCAGUUUGACAUCAGUGACAUUAGACGGCAACGAAACAAUAACACUUAACUGCACACUUAACGGUCAUCCACCUGAUCUUACUCUCUCUUUCCAUCUUAACAAUGAAGACAACAAAAUCCAAGGAAUUUGGAUGUUAACUCUUGUCAACAAGAAAGGUCCCGCAAACACAACUUUAAACUUUACUAACGAGUCAGGGAUGGGUUUCAAACACGAAAGCGAAAAUCCAGUUGUUUCAGCACAAGGGCGAGGGAAAGAAAUAGGCAUCGGAGUUGCAUGUGGUGCCGUUCUGCUCAUCGUCGUAGUUAUUGCUGGGAUUGGCGUUGUUAUUAAUGUCAAAAAAAGCAAAAAUGCGGAAUUAAGGCCUUCAGAUGGGAACAAUGAUCCAAGAGAAAAUCUACGAGGAAGUUUUGGAACUAUGAUCGUAAAUGACGUGUAUGGGACGAGUAAUGGAUCUGACAACAACAAUCAAGUGUUAAAUCUUCCCAAUGAUGACUCUCCUCUUCUGUUGACCUCAUCGGGGGGUCCACCACGCCCUCCACGCUCUCAGCUCGCGCGGACACGAGCCCCGACUGGAGAUGUUCAGUCAACAACUCCUGGCGAUGAUGGAGCAGAAGGCCAUACCUACGUGUCAUCCUCAGAUGUUCGUAAAAAGAAAAAAAUGAAGAAGACAGGAAUUAGUAGCUCGCCUGGGUCGGAGGCGAAUUCUUACGUCUCCCCACAUGAACUCAGAGAGAGAAAAACAACAGAAGUCGCAAGGGAAGACAAAUGGCCGACCUGGUGGUACCCUGGGCACACCUGGUGACACCUAUGUUUCACCAAACGCCGUUCGCAUGCUAAAGAAGCGAGCGAAAGAAGAAGAAUUCAAGACUCCUAUUGCUGAUGGCUUCAGUGAACCCAACUCUUCUAUGUUGAUUGAGAAGCCAUCCUGUAGUAGGAAUGCUGAUGGACUCAUCUACGGAGACCUAGUUUUUACAACCACGAAUUCGUCUAAAUCCAUCAUCGGCACCGAAACAAUGACUGAAUACGCCGACAUCAAAGUCACCGCCAUCGUCCCCCCGCCCCGAGACUACAAACAGAAGAAAGGCAGACUCAACAAUGAAUGAAGAAGGGAUUAGUUAUGGAUAAAUGGGAUGGAUAGAAAGAAAGUCUGCAUGAUGAAAAUGUUUUCCCUUUUGCUUUUAAAUCACUGAUUGAAGAUUUUGUCCCCUCCUUUCUUCCUACGGCUCCAUAUAUUACCAAACUAAAAGCACAGAAGUGAAACUGAAAAUUAGCCUGCUAAUAGUCUGAAGUUUGUAAAGACCUUCCUCUCAGCAUUCAAGACGAACAUUUAUCAUAAUUUGUUAUUCAUUCAAGCCAAGGAGUGCACAAGCUAGUCAUAUCCGGAGUGAAUAGUCUCAUGACCUAAGGUCUUCAUAUUAUGUGUCGAGUUUCUGUCUGAUAUUGAUAGUCAGUUCGUGAAAUAUAAUUUGAGUAGAUAUUUAUUGUAAGCAUAGAGCUUUCUUAGUAUAUGAGUAUACACGCAUGUGUAGUGUGUUGUCCCAUACGCAGUAUGUGUGUAUAUAUAUAUCUACAGAGAGUGUGU